AUGGGCACCCUCAACAACUUUUUGGCCGAAGAGGAGAGGUUUUGGACACAGCUUGUCUUACGGCUGCGCCGCUCUUUCGCUAUCAACGAGGCCCAGCCUGCUCUUGUUGCCCUCGAAUUGAUUGCUGAGAGCGACGAAUCCGCCGUCCAAACUCUUGAAGGCGGAGACGGGGUCGGAGCCACACCCAACGGUCGAAAUCACUUCCAGUUCCCUCCCGAAGAUCCAAAUGUAUCAUUCGCCCCAACCACGCCUGCAGAACGGGAAAGUCACCUUGCUAUCUUUAGUAAGGCUUUGGUUUGCUUGGGCGACAUAGCUCGAUAUCGGGAGCAACAAAACGAAGGCGGGGGAAGGCCCAGAGCAGGACACGAAGAUGGGCCUGCAAGAAGGGGCAGGAGCCGCCGUGGAGGCGCAGCGACCGCUGAUAUCGCACGGCCCAGGAACUACGAUAAAGCACAACGGUGCUACGAGCAAGCCAGGUUGCUCGUCCCACAUGAGGGCAAUGCCUCACAUCAACUUGCAAUUCUUGCGUCGUAUCAGAAGGAUUCUUUCGCAUCUCUUGUCCACUAUUAUCGUGCCCUGUGCGUUCGCCAACCAUAUGACACAGCCGCUGAAAACCUGGGAACUAUUUUGAACAAGGUGUUGGAAACAUGGAAAGCUCGAACUAGGAGAGAGCGCGAGAACAAGAAUAUGGCCGCAGACCAACAGAUCGCACCUCGAGUACGGAUCGAAACUUUCAAGGAGCGACUAGUGGUCCUUCAUGCACUCUGGCGUGUUGGGUUGGAGAAGGGAAUUGAAAAAAUGGAUUCCAUUUCCAAGAAGCACGACAAAGUGGUAUUCAACGACUUCCAGUCCCUCGUCGCUCAACGUCAUCUCCCAACUGAUAUGAUUUCAAGUGCUAUCGUUCUUUCACAAGGCGCGCUAUGGAAACUUCGAAUGGUUCAUGAUACCCCCAGUCACAAUCGAAAACAAGAAACCCGGCCCCCACCAGCUGGAACAUUUGUUGUUCUGGAGUGGCGCAUACUUAAUCAUCUCCUUGAUCUUCAUUGUGCCCUUUUGGAGGUUGGAAAGGAUGAAUUGAAAGACUUGCCACCUAUGGAUGCCGUCGACAACGAUUUGGCACAAAGAAUCAGUGCAACAUUCAGACGGAUGCUCCCCGCACUGAGAAUUGCGAGCAAAUGGCUCCAGGCGAACUUCAAGUACGUCAUGCAGGAUCGCGAAUUUCAAGCCUUCCAGGAGAAUGAGAAAGCUCAGGGCUUGGAGCCUAGCGCUAAGUCUUCACUCAAGCUCAGCGCGAAGUCGGGCAAUACCAUACGAUUUUGGAAGGCUUACGCUCAAUUCAAUCUAGCAUUGUCUCAGGCCUUUCCGAUUCAUAAAAUCCCUCAAUUGGCAGCACCUCUGGAGGAGGAUGUUGAGAUGAGGGGUUUUCUUCCUUUGAAGCAACUUAUGGGUGAACAGAAAACCUUUGAGGAUGGUGGAAAACCCACUGCACUUGGUCAAGUCCCAGAACAAGUUCAUCCUAAUGUGGAACAGUUGAUGAGGAUCCGGGACCUGUUGGAUGAUUCAAUCCAACUGGCGCAUGUCGAGCAUCUCAAGAAUUCCCCGCUUAUACUCAUAAACAACCACAUUCUCUUCAGAGCUGAAAUUGUGGAUGGUUCCCUUUCCCGUUCACACAGCGAGGCAACGGGACUUUCGGAGCUUUCAAUCCCACCAGUUCCACUACACCAGCAACAGUUGCUUGCUGAUAUUAGAGACGCCCGUCUGGAUGGACAGCCCGACGACGACAAUAUGACGGAGGGUACUGACGUUCUGCGUGAGGCAUUCGACUUCUUACACACCGACCAACCCGAAGAUGAGGAUCAGGAUGACGAAAUCGUUUGGGAUCCAAGGGCCCCUGCUUCUCCUCCUACUAUGUCGCCAAUAAUGCAAACAAGCCCCAUAACCCCGGUGAAAGCAAUGAUGAGUCCAGGGCUCGCCCCUCGCUCACCCCCCCAUCAGAAGACAUCGUCUGCUCCAAUCAAUCAAACUAUUGUUCCUGGCACCACUGCUCAAGAUCUUCUUAAUAACGUUAUGGGUGUUAAACGCAGUGAAAGUGGCGGCUUAGUUCCUAUUUCAGACCCACCUCCCCUGCAGAAUUCACGUCUCCUACAUCGACCCACUCAGUCAAUUUGGUCUACCUCUCACGACGAGCAGCCUUUGAAGAUGUUUUCGGGCAACGCAUUGUCUUCACACCAAAUUUACCAAACCCCGCAGUCGCAACAUCGCACUUUCCCAGCCUCGUCCUCUCAGGACAUGAGUCCGCCUAUCUGGUCCUCCUCUUAUCCGACGGCUAGUCAGAAUUCACAACAAACAUUUGUCGGUGCACUUCCUUCGGCUUCAUUCGCGUUCCCACCGCAAACGGUCGUCACCAACGGACAUCAGCGAAUACCAUCUGCGUCGGUAGCUGCCCAGCUCUUCCCAAGUCAUGCCCAACAUGAUUUCUUUGGGUAUGCUCCUCCCAUACCCCAGGAGCCAAUUCACCGCCCCGAGUCUCAUGCUGCUUCCCCAUCAGGGUUUAUGAACCACUUUGGGCGUGGCAACGAAAUCUACUAUGACGGUCUCCAGCAACAGCAACACGUCUAUCAUACACAGCAUCCUUCCAUGCAUGAUCCCAGAGUGAAACCCGCAUUUGUACCGCCCCCGAUUUCACAAGUCUGGGGCAACGUUGGGUAAGGGAACUGGCUGCCCAUUAGCUUCGUUGUUUCUGGCUUUAUGGACGCAAUCAACGGGAUGGGUAAGUAAUCCCAUCCUUUGCGGAGCCGGUAUUUCUCUUUCCGCACGCUCCCCCAUUAAAAUUUCCAACGCUCCUUCGCACCUCGUCGUGGAUACAUGCCGUUGAUGGACCCCCUCAUGGAUGAAAGAAAGAUUACAAUUUGCGCACAUAGUGUUAGCAAAAGUUUGCAGAUGGGAUCUCGCGACAGUACCACCUGUAAUGGGUGAAACACGCGCAGGUGGCUGCCUGCCUUGGCUAACAAAUCCUUGCCGCAUUGGCGGGUCUCAUGAACUCUCUCCUUCCUUGAUUACUACUAUUUUUUCCGUCUAUUGCUUCUUCUGCAUGCGC